GAUCCGGAUAUGAUGAAAAGGAGCAACAGAGGGAGAAGUGUUUCGGGAGUGUAGGAGUGGUGAAAAGGCAAAGAGCGGCAGAGGGGUAAAGGUCCCCCUUGGCAGAGAAGUGGCCAGACUGAGCGGGCUGGGAGAGGGGGCGGAGAGCACAGAGCCAGGCAGGGGCAGCCUCUGCCGCAGUUACCGCCACUGCGGUGUCUGGCUGAGCCAGAGAGAGGCGGGGAGGGACACCCAGGGGCGGCCUCCACCAUCAGGCCACCGGGGCGCGAUGCAGCCUCUGCCGGAGCCUCACUAACUUUCCGGGGCGGAAGAGGAGGAGGAAGGGGCUUUGAUCGAGCUGGGGGGAUGCCGAGAAGCAGUCAGUUCCCUGCACCCAACACCUAACAGCCCUCCGGCGCCAGCCCCGCGGGGCGGCCAGCUCGGCGGCAGGCGGUGAGCGGCCCAUGUCCGGCGCGGGCGAAGCGCUGGCCCCCGGGCCCCAGCGCGGGGCCGAGGCGGGGGACGGGUGUGCGAGCGCCCCGGCCCAGGCCCAACCUCAGCGCCUGCCUCAGCGUGCCACUUCCGCACAGGAACCGAGUGAGGAGCAAACAGGCAAGAUGAAGGCGUGCCACCAAGGUCUGCGCAAUGGCAACGGGAUUCCCCACGGGGCCAGACGCGCGCCCGCAGACACUCGGAGACUUUCAGCACCUGUUACUCAAAAAAUGCACAGGAAGAUUCAGUCAAGCUUGUCUGUGAACAGCGAUAUCAGUAAGAAGAGUAGGGUCAAUGCUGUCUUUUCCCAAAAGCAAGGCUCUUCACCUGAAGAUUGCUGUGUGCACUGUAUCCUGGCCUGCUUGUUCUGUGAAUUCCUGACCCUCUGCAAUAUUGUCCUGGGACAAGCGUCAUGUGGCCUCUGCACCUCAGAGGCCUGCUGCUGUUGCUGUGGAGAUGAAAUGGGGGACGACUGUAACUGCCCUUGUGACAUGGAUUGUGGCAUCAUGGAUGCCUGUUGUGAAUCAUCAGACUGUUUGGAAAUCUGUAUGGAAUGCUGUGGAAUUUGUUUUCCUUCAUAAAUAUUUAUAUUUUGUUAGUGUUAAAACUGGAGAGUGAUUUAAAAUGUUUCUUUUAAAAGGAAGAAAAGCACAUGGUAAGAUUCUCAUGCAGUAACCCAGUAUUUGCACUGUUAACUCAUUUUAAAUAAUCUCUGAAAGCUUUUCUUCUCUAACCAAAUCUCCAUGGUUUAAUAUGUGAAAUUUUAACUACUUUAAACUGCUUAAUAAGUUCCAAUGACUGAGGAACAUUUUGACCAGAACAAAACAAAAAGAAAAACUAAAUGUCUCCUCCUUUUUAAACAUAUUUCUAUUUCUUUUAAUCAUUCUCAGGAGUCCCUUGCUCCAACUCCAAAUGUAUUAUUUCUCAGUAGGUGUUAAAAGCUGACAGUUUAUUUUUGAUGUAUAUCUAUUAAUAGUUAACAGUAAACAUUUUUUAUUUCAAGGUAAACUUUGGGAAACAAACCAAAACAAUAGUUGGGCUCCCAGUGUUGAUUUCCAUGCUUGGUUCUCCACUUUUUCCACUUGUUAACAAGACACUGAGCGCAACCUGUGUAGAAUCUGCUGGGAUGCAGAGAUGGAUGUCGUUCAGUUCCCACCCAGAGGAGGACAGGUUAGCAGAGGAAAGAGCCCUGUAAAGAAUGAACCUUUCCACAGGGCACAGUGAAGUGGGGGUUAUGAGAGAGAGAAACUCAAGAGGCCUGGGGAUACCCAGAAAAGAACAGCUAACAUCUCCUGGAAUAUUCCGUAGGCUUCAAGGAGAAUGUGGCAUUUGAGGAGGCCUCUUAGGACGAGUGAUUCACCUGCUGCUUGAAUGAAUGGUUUAGAUUUAGAACGAAAUUUUAGAUGAACAGCCUGAACUGUGUGUGCACUUAAGCAGUUAAAAAAUGCCUUAAAUAUUUUCUUUAGUUGCAGAACUAUAGCUUUAAAAAAAAAUCAAUAAAAUUUAACUAAAAAUAUGCA